AUGCCAUUUCAUUGUAACUGGAUACCUAAUAAAAGAACAGAUAUCCUAUGGAGACUGCUUCACAGAGCACUUCCACUAGGCUAUUGCCUAAGACAUAUGAACACAGCAGAAAAUAGUAAUUGCAUAUGGUGUGAAGAACUUCAAACUAUCGAACACUUUACUUUUGAAUGCCCCAUCAGUCAACAUGUUUGGAAUAUAGGUUAUCAAAUGUUAAAUGAUACUUCAAAUAUAACAAUACCCACCUCUUUCAAUGAUAUUAUAUUUUGUACUCAACUCUCCUCAGCAAAUAUUAAAAGAGCAGUCAAAUGGUUAAAUAUUAAUAUUGUUUACGAAAUCUGGCGCCUAUACACCUCCACUAAAUGGGGUAAUAAUAUAACAAAGUUUACUAAUAUCCCGGUCAUUAUAACACACCAUUUAAAUAGAGAACUCAUGGUUCUCCAACAACUUCCCCAAACUGUAAAUAAAGCUAUAAAUCAACCUUAUCCUAAUGUUAAAUAUAAUGAAUUUUUGG